CCAAGGUUGGGAUCACGUUAAUCCUCCACGUCCCCAUUAUUCAAGCUUUUAAAAUAACACGUUAUUUCAGGCAUAUCGAAUGUCAAUCCUAUUAUUUCCAUUUAGAGCCUCAACACGCUGACACGAUAUGUUUGGUACACCGUCUUGUGAAGAUUGGCAUAUAUGUUGCCCUUUUCUAUAGUAGAAAGGCUAAUACCUAGUACAGAUCUACUUAACCCCGAACUCAUAUCCACACCAAGGAAAUAUCGUAACGAUUCCCCGGAUUAGGAAUGUUGUCGAGCAUUGAUGGAUCCUAUCACUGAUUCCGAGAGUUGAUCCAAGUGGCUUUACUGAACGUAUUCUACAUUAUGUCCGAAAUUCUCUUCGUUUAUAAUCAAACUUUAUCGCAAUGUGAGAGUCCGGCAACUGGCAGUCGGAGGAGAGUGCUUUACAACAGCACUGAGGCGGCAAGUGCUAUGGAGACAGCGAACAGACCAACCGAAAUGCCGUUCACAGCUCCGGCGCCUGACACAGGGAUUUGCCCACCGCCAGUAGCGUUUGGCGUCACCCCGCCGGUACCCAUCGGCAUCCCAGUCGUCGUCCGUGUCUCAUUGGCCGUGACAGGACUAGACGUGGAUGGUUCUGUUGGUGUAGAAGUUACCCAACUGCUAACCGCAGCUGUCGUAUACGAGCCGGAUAUGCCGGUGGAGGAACCAACCGACUGUGAGAUGGAAGUCAUCUCACUCAUGGGAGAAACAGUGCUCGACAUGCUCAAGGCAUGCGGCAUGUUUUCCAUGCCAGACGUCUGUGCUACGGCACAGCUGGCCAACAUCAAAAUUGCAAAGCUUUUGGUAGCCAUGUUCCUAAAUCCGGUAAAGUAUUUUAAAGGGGAAAGGGAAAAGGGUGUGAUGAAGCAAGCCACGAGUUGGGAGGAUAUAACAGGUGCGAAGACGAGAGGUCAAGUAGAAGAACCUACUCGCGGCACACACAAAGGCUUACGAUCGCCUUUGAGAAGAUGACAUCGUUUACACUUGGCGAACAGGCGGGCUCGAAAGACUUCUUUCAUAUAUUAUUUGCCGCCGAGAUGCAAUUGAUAUAUUUGAAAGACAUGAAUAAUAUGCUGUAAGGUUUUUCCAACGUAACUAUUCGAAAGCAGAACUGACAUGACUAUUUCAAGUCAUGAGUUUUCAAGUCAUGAGUAUUGC